CUUUUCUGAGCCAUCCAUUCCAGCCAUAAAGGCCAAGGCAGGUGGCCCCGGCACUCUUCGUCCUGUGUCUGCCGUGAAAAGAGGACCGCUGUGUGACAGGGCAACAGUGCUGGAUUACCAGUGAGGAGUUUAAAGACAAUAUCACAAAGAAAACCCCUAGUCCAGGACAGCCAUGGAUGAUGUAUAUAAAGCAGCGGUGGAGAACUUGACCGAAGAGCAAAAAAAUGAGUUUCGCGCUGCGUUCGACAUCUUCGUGCAGGGCGCAGAGGAUGGCUGCAUCAGCACUAAGGAGUUGGGGAAGGUGAUGAGGAUGCUGGGCCAGAACCCAAGUCAAGAAGAGCUGCAGGAAAUGGUAGAUGAAGUAGAUGAGGAUGGAAGCGGGACAGUGGACUUUGAUGAGUUCUUGGUGAUGAUGGUGCGCUGCAUGAAAGAAGAGAGUAAAGGAAAAACAGAAGAGGAACUGGCUGAGGUCUUCCGCAUGUUUGAUAAGAAUGGAGAUGGUUACAUUGAUUUAGACGAGUUAAAGAACAUGCUGGAGUCGACAGGUGAGGCCAUCACUGAGGACGACAUCGAGGAACUCAUGAAGGACGGAGACAAGAACAACGACGGCAAGAUCGAUUACGACGAGUUCUUGGAUUUCAUGAAGGGUGUCGAAUAAAGUCUCGCUUGACGGAUUCAAAAAUCAUUCCCUGACCCAAACUAGUCUCUCUGACGUCACCAUACGUAAAUUCAAGCCGGAAGCACGGGAAAUGAUCUGCAUUUAUAAUUCUGAAAUUUGUUGAAACAAGUCAAUGGUGUCAUGUACCGCUGCCCAUAUUUGUGUUCAAAGUAAAAAAACAUUUUCUGUA